AUGGCUUCCGCAAUGGCAAAGCGCCUCGAAGGCAAGACUAUCGUCAUUACUGGCGCCUCGUCUGGCAUUGGAAAGAGCACUGCCCAGGAGUUCGCCCGCACGUCGCCCAAGAACCUGAAGUUGAUCCUCACCGCGCGCCGCAUCGACACAUUGAAGGAGGUCGCGGCGGAGAUCACGAAGGAGGUUGGCAAUGGUGUCCAGGUUCUUCCCGUCAAGCUGGAUGUCAGCAACCCGGAGGAAGUGAGCAACUUUGUUUCCUCCCUGCCCGAGGAGUUCAGGGAGAUUGACGUCCUUGUCAACAAUGCUGGCUUGGUCAAGGGUGUCGCCCAGGCACCUUCAAUUGCUGCUGAGGAUAUCAAGGUCAUGUUUGACACCAACGUCACCGGUCUCAUUAACAUGACCCAGGCCAUCCUACCCAUCUUCAAGAAGCGCUCUGAGGGUGGCCGCGGUGACAUUAUCAACAUUGGCAGUAUCGCCGGCCGCGAGCCUUACUCUGGUGGUAGCAUCUACUGCUCCACCAAGGCGGCUGUCCGCUCCUUCACUGAUGCCCUGAGAAAGGAGCUCGUCGCCACGAGAAUCCGUAUUAUUGAAAUUGAUCCUGGUCAAGUUGAGACGGAGUUCUCCGUUGUGCGAUUCUAUGGAGACAAGUCUAAGGCUGAUGCUGUCUACAAGGGUGUCGAGCCAUUGACCGGUGAUGACAUCGCCGAGGUUAUUGUAUUUGCAGCUGGUCGUCGUGAGAACGUUGUGAUCGCCGACACCCUGGUCUUCCCCAGCCACCAGGCUUCGGCUGGCGUCAUGCACCGCAAGUCUUAA